CACUGCUGGGCUGCACUGCUGGGUGGCACUGGUGGGCAGCACUGGUGGGUGGGCACAGGUGGGUGGCACUGGUGGGCACAGGUGGGUGGGCACAGGUGGGUGGCACUGCUGGGCACAGGAAGGUGGCACUUCUGGGCACAGGUAGGUGGCACUUCUGGGCACAGGUGUGUGACAUUGCAGAGUGGCACAGGUGGGUGCACUGCUGGGCACAGGAGGGUGCACUGCUGGGCACAGGUGGGUGAUCUGCUGGGCACAGGUGGGCGGAGCUAGUGGGAGCACUGCUGGGCACAGGUGGGUGGCAGUGGGACAGGUGGGGCACAGCGGGACAGGAGGGGGGACAGGUGGGGG